AUGGAGUCAGCCAAUCAAGUUCAAAGUGAGGUGUGUUCUCUUUGCAGUAGUCAUGUGCAUACAACACAAACAUGUCCUUCCAUUAUUGGAUACUCUGACAGCUAUGUUGAACAAGCGAAUGCGCUCAAUAAUUAUGGAAAAUCAUUUGCUAGUCCUUUUUCGGAAACAUACAACCAAAAUUGGCGAAAUCAUCCAAACUUUUCAUGGCUUCAGAACCAACCUACUGCAAAUAUAGGUGGGCAACCUUUUCAUUCACAAAAUCAAUCUCCCCCAGGUUUUCGUCCUCCUACACAAUCAUACCCUCCUCAAUCUCAACCAUUUUAUGCUCCAACUCCCGUGUCUCAACCGAACUUCCAAUCUGUUGCACCACAGCAACAAUCAUCCUUAGAGGACACCCUUAAAGCAAUCAUGGCUAAAAUUGAAAAAAAUGAUGCUAAAAUUGAAAAUUCAACUCACUUGCACGCUCAAGCCAUUGCUAAACUUGAAAAUCAAAUGGGUCAAUUAGCUAGUCAACUUGCAGAGAGAGAGAAAGGGAAGUUUCCGAGUCAAACUCUAGUGAAUCCAAAAGGACAGUUUUCUAUAGGCACCACCUCUACUCCUUCAAACGAGCAACACCAUGUUCAAUCAAUCAUUACCCUUAGAUCCGGGAAAGAAGUUGAUAAUAAAGUUAGUAUGCCAACAGAGGAAUUACAAGUACAAAUCAACAUUCCAUUCUUAGAUGCCAUUCAACAAGUGCCCUCGUGCGCUAAAUUUUUGAAAGAUCUAGUCACUAUAAAAAGGAAGACAAAUGUUCCAAAGAAGGCGUUUUUAACUGAACAGGAAAAUGCUAAAACUUCACGUGAGCCACAAAGACGUCUAAAUCCUGCAAUGCAAGAAGUAGUUAGAUCAAAAAUUCUUAAGCUUUUAGAUGCUAGCGUUAUUUAUCCCAUAUCUGAUAGCAGUUGGGUGAGUCCUGUUCAAGUUGUUCCUAAGAAAUCGGGUGUGACGGUAGUAAAAAACGAAGACAAUGAAUUAGUUCCAACCCGUGUUCAAACAGGAUGGCGUGUUUGUAUAGACUAUCGAAAAUUAAAUUCCAUGACACGAAAAGAUCAUUUUCCUUUACCAUUUAUUGACCAAAUGUUAGAAAGGUUAGCGGGACAUGAGUAUUAUUGCUUUCUUGAUGGUUAUUCUGGUUAUAAUCAAAUUCCCAUUGCACCGGAAGACCAAGAAAAGACUACGUUCACAUGCCCUUAUGGUACUUUUGUGUACCGCCGCAUGCCAUUUGGACUAUGCAAUGCACCAGCCACCUUUCAGCGAUGCAUGGUUAGUAUUUUUUCUGACAUGGUAGAACGUUUUUUGGAAGUGUUUAUGGAUGAUUUUUCAGUUUUUGGAUCUUCUUUUGAUGAAUGCUUACACCAUUUGACCCUAGUGUUAAUGCGAUGCAAAGAAAAAAGUCUUGUGCUUAAUUGGGAAAAAUGUCACUUUAUGGUUAAGCAAGGAAUUGUAUUAGGGCAUAUUAUCUCGCAUAAAGGUAUUGAAGUGGAUAAAGCUAAAAUUGAUUUGAUAUCUAACCUUCCACCCCCACGUACUGUAAAGGAGAUUAGAUCAUUUUUGGGUCAUGCGGGCUUUUAUAGGAGGUUCAUUAAAGACUUUAGUAAAAUUGCUAAACCUCUAUGUAAUUUGUUGGCCAAAGAUGCCCCGUUUGUGUUCAACAAGGAGUGCCUUCUUGCUUUUGAGAGAUUAAAAAGUGAGUUGACCUCCGCCCCUAUAAUUCGACCACCCAAUUGGAAUGUCCCUUUUGAAAUUAUGUGUGAUGCCUCUGAUUACGCGGUAGGCGCUGUUUUAGGACAACGUGUCGAUAAGCUCCCUCAUGUAAUUUAUUAUGCUAGUAAGACGUUAAAUGAUGCACAAUUAAACUAUUCCACUACAGAAAAGGAGUUACUAGCAGUUGUUUUUGCACUUGAUAAGUUUAGAGCUUAUUUAUUGGGUUCUAAGGUCGUAGUCUAUUCAGAUCAUGUUGCAUUGAAGUAUCUGUUGUCUAAAAAAGAUGCUAAAUCUAGAUUAAUUCGAUGGAUUUUGUUACUGCGAGAAUUUGACAUUGAGAUUCGAGAUAAAAAAGGCUCUGAGAAUGUGGUGGCCGACCAUCUGUCUAGAUUAAUUGUAGAGUUCACUGAGGAUUCAUUGCCCAUCUCUGAAACUUUUCCUGAUGAACAACUGAUGCAUGUGUCUCAAUUAUCUUCACCUUGGUUUGCAGAUAUUGUAAAUUAUCUUGUAACUGGAGAGAUACCUUUGCAUUGGCCCAAGCAUGAUAAAUCUAAAUUUUUAUCCAAGGUUAAGUACUUCUUUUGGGAUGAUCCAUACUUGUUUAAAUAUUGCCCAGACCAGAUUAUUAGAAGGUGCAUUCCUGAAAGUGACCAAUGUAGUACUAGUGGUCAAGUUGAGAUAUCUAAUAGGGAGAUUAAAAAUAUACUUGAAAAAACAGUGAACCCUAAUAGGAAAGAUUGGUCUUUACGCCUUAAUGACGCAUUAUGGGCUUACGGUAUGGCAUUUAAAACUCCCAUUGGAAUGUCUCCUUACCGACUUGUCUAUGGCAAGGCAUGUCACUUACCUGUAGAACUAGAACACAAGGCAUAUUGGGCUACCAAAAAACUCAAUUUUGAUCUUGACAAGGCAGGUGUUCGCAGAAAGCUUCAACUUCUUGAGCUAGAGGAAAUUCGGGAUGAUGCUUACGACCGUGCCAAAUCAUACAAAGACCGUAUGAAAAGGGUUCAUGAUCAAAACAUUUUAAGAAAAUCUUUCACUUCUGGUCAAAAAGUCUUUCUUUAUAAUUCUCGUUUGCAUUUAUUCCCAGGCAAACUUCGUUCUCGAUGGUCUGGCCCUUUUAUUGUUCGCACUAGCUAUCCGCAUGGGGCAGUUGAAAUUGAGAAUCCUAAAGAUGGUUCCGUGUCUAAAGUGAAUGGGCAGCGGUUGAAACCGUUUAUAGAAUUGAAAAUCCCAGAAGUAGAGGAAAUCCUUUUGGAAGAUCCUAUUUAUCAGGAUUAA